AUGAGUAUAUCGUUUCAGUCAGGUCCCUCGAUAUCCAUCGCAAACUCGCAGGUCGUGCAACCGGACGCCACCAUCCUCUCGAAUGGCUCCAUCAACUACGACAGCACACUCAACGAAGUGAACAUCAUCCCCCUCCAAUCCCUGAAUGCCAACGACAUGGUUCAGCUUGGACGACAAUUCCUCAGCGGUGCUUACCUUAUGGUCAACGAAGACGCCGGAACCUUUACUCUGUGGCAGGCAACGGACAGCUUAGAUGAGAACUUAGUGGCAGUGAAUGAAAAGGGCGAGGUUUUCAACUCGACUUGCGCGUCGACGACAUCAAACAACACAGCAGUCAAUCCAUCAGAAUCCUCAGGGUCAGCUCCAUCGGUUUCGCCAUCUUCGCCGGCAUCGAAGACCCCUACGUCCACCAUCGUUGGCUCUGUGGUCGGUAGCGUUGCAGGAGUUGUGCUGCUUAUAUGCCUUGGCGUGUUCUUGUGGGUGCGAUCGCGCAAGAACAAAGUCCUUGGUGCCAACAGCAGCAGCUCUCAUACUCACGAUGCAGGCGAGAAGGCGAUUCCGCUCUACAGCUACGGUGCAGCAGAAAAGACCAACUCCACGCACGAACUCUGGGGUAAUCCAGUCAACGAAAUGAGCGGACAUCUCUCCCCAAAAGAGAGAAGCAAACACCCAACAGUUGUGCACGAACUUGGGGACAGCUACUAG